GAUUGGCCGAUCCCAGCACCAUCCCAGGGUGCUUUGUGGUAGCAGUUCUUUUCCGCUGGCCGUUCUCCUCCGGAGGAGGCCCGUAGGCAGCAGCCAUGGCGCCCAGCCGGAAUGGCAUGAUCCUGAAGCCCCACUUCCACAAGGACUGGCAGCGGCGCGUGGCCACGUGGUUCAACCAGCCGGCGCGGAAGAUCCGCAGACGCAAGGCCCGGCAAGCCAAGGCACGCCGCAUCGCCCCGCGCCCCGCGUCCGGACCCAUCAGGCCCAUCGUCAGGUGCCCCACGGUGCGGUAUCACACCAAAGUGCGAGCCGGCAGGGGCUUCAGCCUGGAGGAGCUGCGGGUGGCUGGCAUCCACAAGAAGGUGGCGCGGACCAUCGGGAUCUCCGUGGAUCCGAGACGGCGGAACAAGUCCACGGAGUCCCUGCAGGCCAACGUGCAGCGGCUGAAGGAGUACCGCUCCAAGCUGCUCCUGUUCCCGCGGAGGCCGGCAGCCCCCAAGAAGGGGGACAGCUCGGCCGAGGAACUCAAGCUGGCCACGCAGCUGACAGGACCGGUCAUGCCCAUACGGAACGUCUACAAGAAAGAGAAGGCCAGAGUCAUUACCGAGGAGGAGAAGAACUUCAAGGCGUUUGCCAGUCUUCGCAUGGCCCGUGCCCAUGCCCGGCUGUUUGGCAUCCGGGCCAAAAGGGCCAAAGAAGCUGCAGAACAGGAUGUGGAAAAGAAAAAAUAAAGCGCCGUUGGCAACUUGAGA